AUGUCUACAAUCACCACCAAAUCUUCAACUACCCCAGAAAAUGUGUCUGUGUCACUUGAUGUUGAGGUGAAGAUAACUAAUAGAGAAUAUGAAGAAAGCUAUGCAAAUAAGAGCUCAGUCCAAUACCAGAAUCUGGAGAAUGAGUUUAAGGAGCAGAUGAGCAAAGUUUAUAAAGAUAUUCCUGGAUACAAAGGUGUGGAGAUUAUCAGCGUAAGGCGUGGCAGCAUCAUUGUAGACCACAAAAUCAUCAUUGAAGCUAAGGUACAUAACAUGACCGAGAGCAGCAUCGAUACAGUUCUCCAGAAUGUUUCAGAGACAGUGUUGCAGACAGUGGUUACCUUGAACGCCACCCAGGAGAACUGUUCAGAUGGCCCUGAUUUUUGUUUUUUUGUUCCAGAGGAACCAAUCCGCAAUGUAACUUCAAAUUUCUCAGCAGAAGAGUAUUGCAAAGCAGCCAUCGGGCCCCCAUUUGCACCCUACUAUUACCCUAAUACAACAUCAGGCAGCCUGAAAUGUUUGUCCAACUGCUCUGAAGACAACCCGAAAGCCUUCAAAUGCAAAUACGGCAUUUGUCGCAUCUUGAAAACAGGGCCUCAGUGCAACUGCAAUGAUUUGGACCUAUAUUGGUACACGGACAAGUACUGCCAGACACGCAUCCAUAAGAACGACGUUGCCCUCGGCCUCCCACUGGCUAUUCUCUUUGUGCUCAGCAUCAUCCUGUCUGUUUUGGUCUUCAGGGCCAAACGGAAGAAGUCCUCGUCUAGUUGGUCUGAUGAUUCUGAGCUUUGGUAUGAAGAGGUAGAAGAAGACAUGUGGAAGUCCUCAGAAGUUCUUACCUUCAGGAAUGAAUCAGCAUGUUUUUCAGAUGGGAGCCAAGACACAAGCCAUGCUUUCCAGCCUUCUCUUCAUCUGGUUGACACAUCCGUAAAGCUGAAGUUCCAAAAACCAUCACGGCAGACCUCACCUUCUGAGAUGCUUGAAGAACGUGAAAGAUCCUCACAGAAUCAGACUGAAAAUGCAGAAACAGUCUUAGUCACAAAUUUGUAGUGGUAGUAUCUAUCACUGUAAUUUUCUUACGUUCCUCUGAGAUCUGCUUCCUGGUGGAAGUGUACCAUUGUUCAGUUAAUAAGAGAAAAAUGUAUUGAAAAAGUGUGGAAUCCAUAGGAUGUUUUACACAAAAGUGACAGAGAUACAUUCCACUCCGUCUGCACUGUUUUCCCACCCGCAAACCUUUUUGCAAGUC